AUGGCGUACAACAUGUUUGAGGAUUAUUUAGGGCUACAAGAGGUAGCACAUUGCCUCAAGAACUACCGCCAGUAUCGGUAUGGUACCCAUAACAUUGACAACCACCUGGAAUUGGAAAGCUUGAUGGAUUGUUUACCAGCCAGCUCGAGCAUUGACGAUCGCGAUGAAGACUUGCACCUAGGUCUGGGGACUGGAUCGUUCUACAGCCAAUUCCCGCCGACAGCCUGGAAGAACGCCGACACGCUUGAUGUUGUUAGGUCGGACGCUCACAACGAUUUCCACCGUAACGGCGUGGAACUUGACAUAGACGAAGUGGACAAACUACAAUUGAAGAUCCGGUCAACGCCUUUCAGGUUAACGCCAUCGUAUCGCCCGGCACCGGCGACGGCUACCGACGAAAAUGUGGCGAAUCGUAAGCGCCGACCAGGCAAAGCACGGAAGGGCUCAAGGUCGACUGAAUGCGUGUUUUGUAAAAACAACGGAGAGCGCACGGACAUGUACACAUCACACAGCGUCAAGGACGAAAGUGGGCGGGUAUUGUGCCCAGUUUUAAGGAAGUACACGUGCCCCCUGUGCGGGGUCAAUGGCGACAACGCCCACACGUUGAGGUACUGCCCCAAGAAUAUGGAGACGGCCUGCAACACCCUGGAUCUCAUGCGGACGAGGAGGCUCAGCACUGGCAAGUUGAACCCGAGGGCAAUUCAGAAAGUUUGACUUGGAUCUAGGUGAAAUUUGUUUUUGAUAGUGCUUAAGGAAGAUUGAAGUAAUGUACUUAUUUGUGAACUGACUUUUGUAUAAACAAGACAGUGUUACUCGCAUGAAGAAUGUGCUAUUACGAAAUUUACAGAUGUGCUACUUCCGGACCAAGAACUGAUUACAGUUCGAGUGUUUUAGAUCGGUCAAUGAUAGUGGAUGGUUGUUGUCCAAAGUGAUAGUGCUUAUUUGUUAAACAUUUCAGUAUUACUAGUAUGUAUAAUUACGUUGAUAAUAUAUUUUAUAGCA